UAUUAGGAACCACCUCCUUUGUGUAACAAAUUUUCCCUAACCGAUAGGGUUAACUCAGUGUCAGUGUUUUCAAAUGUGAUACCACACUAUCUUAAAUAUUAAGAAAAAAUGGUUGCUCAGAGUUCUGUUUUUGAUUCAAGGAGUGAAUUUAUAAUUGAAAAUGAGCUUCAAAAAAAUGGAGUUCACAAAAACGACUUUCUCCAGCCUAAAGCUGUCGAGGUUAUGAAGCUAAAACCAGAACAUAAAGCUAAUAAAUCAAAUGAUGCUCCUCAAAAACAACAUUUAAUUGAAGAAACUCCAUUACUUGUUGCUAUAAUAACUUAUAUUGGAUAUGGAGUUUUAGUUGUAUUUGGAUAUUUUCGAGAUUUUUUAAGGCUUUAUCAUUUAGAAAAAACAAAAGCUGCUAAAGAAAAAGGGCGUAAGGGCUUUGUGCCUCUUUAUUCAGACUUUGAAUCAUUCUACACAAGAAAUUUGUACACAAGAAUUAGAGAUUGCUGGAAUCGUCCAAUCGGAAGUGUAGCGGGGGCUGAGUUAGAUCUUCUUGAGCGAACAAGUGAUGAUUACAAUUGGAAUUUUAGGUUAACUGGUAACAAGAUUAGAGUAAUAAAUAUGGGUUCGUAUAACUAUCUUGGAUUUGGAGAGUGUGAAGGUCCUUGCACAGAUUCUGCUAUUAAUUCAAUUAAAAAGUAUGGCGUUGCUGCUACAAGUACAAGAUUAGAAAGAGGAAUGCAUGAGUUACAGUUGGAACUAGAAAGCACAGUUGCGCGAUUUGUUGGCAAACCUGAAGCAAUAUGUUUUGGCAUGGGGUUUGCUACUAAUUCAACUUGUAUACCAGCAAUAAUCGGUCCUGGGUGUUGUAUUAUUAGUGAUGAAUUAAAUCAUGCUUCAUUAGUUCUGGGUACACGCUUAUCAGGAGCUAAAGUCUUUGUUUUUAGACACAAUGAUAUGGAGCAUCUAGAAAAAGUAUUGAAAGAUGCUGUUGUUCAAGGUCAGCCACGAACUCAUCGUGCUUGGAAACGUAUUAUUAUUAUAGUUGAAGGAAUUUAUAGCAUGGAGGGAUCAAUUGUUAAACUUCCUGAAAUUAUAGAAUUAAAGAAAAAAUAUAAGGCAUACUUAUAUUUGGAUGAGGCUCAUAGCAUUGGUGCAUUAGGACCUAAUGGGAAAGGUGUAGUUGAUUAUUUUGGACUUGAUACAAACGAUAUUGAUAUAAUGAUGGGAACAUUUACAAAAAGUUUUGGAUCUUCUGGUGGUUAUAUAGCUGCUGAAAAACAUAUAAUUGACUGUGUGCGAGCAACUUCAUAUUCGUCUGCUUACUCGACAACUAUGUCACCUCCGGUGAUGCAACAAAUUAUAUCCUCAAUGAAAAUUAUAAUGGGAGAAGAUGGAACUGGUGAAGGUGCUCGCCGUUUAAAGCAACUCAGAGAUAAUGUUGUGUCAUUUCGUAGCAAACUAAGAGAUAUGGGAUUUAUUAUAUAUGGUCAUGAUGCUUCUCCCGUUAUUCCUAUUUUGUUGUAUAUGCCUUCUAAAAUAGCUGCAUUUAGUCGUGAAAUGUUAAAACGAGGAAUCGCUGUUGUUGUUGUUGGUUUUCCAGCUACUCCUAUAAUUGAAUCUAGAUCUCGCUUCUGCUUGUCUGCUGCACAUACACCUGAGAUGCUCAAUAAGGUUUUACUUGCCCUUGAUGAAGUUGGUGAUAUUUUACAGCUAAAAUACUCAAGAAUAUCUCCGGCUAAAUCUUUAAAAAAAUGCAUAGAGGAAAAAAAAGAUAAUUAAAAUAUAGAAAUUGAAACUUGGUGUCUUUAAAUUAUAGCUGAAAAUAAUGUAAAUAAAUCGCUCUCUGCCAUUCACUUAACGAACUCUGAAUAAAUUAUGAAUCUUCAAUCCAUGUAAAAUAUACUUCGAUCAUAGAUUUGUUAUUCUGAUGUAAAGUUUGCUUUUUGUUAUUUCUUUGUUUUUGCAUACAUAUAUUUUGCAAAUUUAAUUAUUUUGCUGAACUUUUUUCAAUUGAACUUUUUUUUUUUUUGCUGAUUUUUUUUUAUUAUUAUUUCUUUUCCUUUUUUUUUUUUUUUCCUAUUGUUUUUUAUAUCUGCGUCUUUAUUGUAUUUACGUUUUUGGUAUGUUUGUAAAUUAUUUUUAAAUAAUUACUUGUAUAUGUCAUUAACUUAAAUUGCUAGAAGACAUUGCAUCUAUUGU